GAUAAAUCAAGUAAAAUACAUAGCUAGUACGUUACUAUUAUAAAACUUCUAAGUAGAAUACUGGAAACUGCCUUCUGUAAUUUCAUUUUAUGAGUUCCAAUAACUUUAAGUCCGACCCACAAGACAUAAUUAUGAAAUCUUCCACAAUAUGAUUGACAGCAAUCCAAGGACUGCAGGUUUAUGUGCUCUGUAAAAAGAAAAGAAUCAAGCUCAUGUAACUACAUUUCUGCACUAUAGACUGAAAUAAAUGUAAUAGAAUUAAAAUUACUAUCAGGAAUUCAGAACCUGACUUUUUUUCUUAAAGAUAAGAGAAGUGUGGAACACUUAUGAACUGGAUUUGGUUAACUAUCAGAGCAAAUGUUGUUUGAUUCGUGGUUGGGAUGAUGUCUUCAACAACGUCAAGGAGCACAUUAACAGUGUGUCUGCCAUGAAGUUAGCAACAGAGAGUCCUGUGGCACCUUUAAGACUAACAGAAGUAUUGGAGCGUAAGCUUUCGUGGGUGAAUGCCCACUUCAUCAGACACAAGGGUUAUCAGACGCCAUGAAGUUAUCACCGUACUACAAGAAUGGUGUGAGUGGAUAGAGAAGUGGGUAAAGUGGAGUGGUGGGUAAAGAAGUAGUUGUUUCUGUUGAAUGCAUAAAGAUUCUCAGCAUAAAGAUACACACACAUUAAAUCUGGGGUUAAUAUAUGUAACCACAAUCCUAUCCAGUCUACACCAGUUUCACUAUAUACAGGGAAGAAUAACCAAGGUAACUUUUUUUCCCAGUGUGUGUGUAAAUAAAGCUGAUCUUCUCUUUUUCUCUGCCUACAGGCAAUGGGACGCAUCUUUGUGGGGCUUUGAGAAAUGGGCGCAUGGGGAUGCUUUGAUGAGUUCAACAGACUUGAGGAGCGCAUGCUUUCUGCUGUUUCUCAGCAGGUUCAGUGCAUCCAGGAAGCCUUGCGAGAACAUUGCAAUCCAAACUAUGACAAGACUUCUGCACCUAUUACUUGUGAGCUGCUGAAUAAACAAGUUAAAGUGAGCCCAGACAUGGCUAUCUUCAUCACCAUGAAUCCUGGUUAUGCGGCUAGAUCAAAUCUUCCAGACAACUUGAAGAAGCUGUUCUGGAGCUUGGCGAUGACAAAGCCAGACCGCCAGCUGAUUGCCCAGGUCAUGUUGUACUCCCAGGGUUUCUGUACUGCUGAAGUGCUAGCCAAUAAAAUUGUCCCAUUCUUCAAACUCUCUGAUGAGCAGCUCUCCUCUCAAAGUCAUUAUGACUUUGGCUUAAGAGCUUUGAAGAGUGUACUGAUUAGUGCAGGAAAUGUGAAGAGGGAGAGGAUUCAGAAGAUAAAGCGGGAGAAGAGAGAGCAUGGUGAAGUUGUUGAUGAAGAGGAAAUUGCUGAGAACCUACCUGAACAAGAGGACGAGAAGCAUUUCCAUUUAGCUAGAUAA